GCCGCGCUGACGUUGCCCGGGAUGCGGGAAGGUUCCUCCGCUGCCGCCGCCGCCUCCGCCUCGCCUGCUACCCGGGUUUGUAUGAAAACACCCGGCAGCAGGCGGCGAGGAGUCCACGGUGCGUCCACAGAGCAGCCGCCUGCACUGCCUGCGCCGAGCCAAGUGGUGUGGUUCUGUCCACUCCCUGCUCGCUCCCCCUCCUAAGCUGAUUAUCUGCAAUGGUGAAAUAAAGUAAAUCAAGAUGAGCAAGUUAAAAGGGGUAUCAGAGAAAAGCCUUAACAAUAAUUCUCGGAUUGUUGGACUCCUGGCUCAGCUGGAGAAGAUCAAUACUGAUUCUACAGAAUCAGAGAGUGCCAGAUAUGUCACAUCAAAAAUUCUUCAUCUGGCUCAAAGUCAAGAAAAAACAAGAAGAGAAAUGACAGCCAAAGGUUCUACAGGAGUGGAAGUUCUACUGUCAACAUUAGAGAACACGAAAGAUCUUCAAACCACACUUAAUAUCUUAAGCAUUCUUGUUGAGCUGGUGUCAGCUGGUGGAGGUCGAAGAGCUAGUUUCUUAGUUGCCAGAGGUGGUUCACAAAUAUUGUUACAGUUACUUAUGAAUGCCAGCAAAGACUGUCCCCUGCAUGAGGAGUUAAUGGUGCAGAUUCAUUCUAUUCUUGCAAAGAUUGGACCCAAAGACAAAAAAUUUGGAGUAAAAGCUAGAAUUAAUGGAGUUCUGAAUAUAACCCUGAAUUUGGUCAAACAGAAUUUGCAGAAUCAUCGCUUGGUUUUGCCUUGUCUUCAGCUUUUACGAGUAUAUUCUGCAAACUCUGUGAAUUCAGUAUUCUUAGGGAAAAAUGGAGUUGUGGAACUGAUGUUUAAAAUCAUCGGGCCAUUUAGUAAGAAGAAUUCGGGUCUUAUGAAGGUUGCUUUAGACACUCUUGCUGCAUUGCUAAAAUCAAAAACAAAUGCCAGGAGAGCUGUAGACAGAGGAUAUGUCCAAGUCCUUUUAACAAUUUAUGUAGAUUGGCACCGCCAUGAUAAUCGGCACAGAAACAUGCUCAUUCGGAAAGGCAUUUUACAGAGUUUAAAAAGUGUAACAAACAUCAAGCUGGGAAGGAAAGCCUUUAUUGAUGCCAAUGGGAUGAAGAUUCUCUAUAACACUUCGCAGGAAUGUUUGGCAGUCAGGACACUUGAUCCUCUUGUCAACACCUCCAGUCUGAUAAUGAGGAAGUGUUUCCCUAAAAAUCGCCUUCCACUCCCAACGAUUAAAAGUUGUUUCCACUUCCAGUUGCCUGUUAUUCCUGUGGCUGGACCUGUGGCUCAGCUCUACAGCUUACCCCCUGAAGGACUGUUUUUUCUUUCUUCAUUUUAUCCUCAACAUCCAUUAGAUUGCAUGAGACAUAUGGAUGACGUAGUAGAUGAAAGUGAUGACAAUGAUGAUACUGAUUUAGAAGCUGAAAAUGAAACUGAAAAUGAGGAUGACCUAGAUCACAAUUUUAAGAAUGAUGAUAUUGAAACAGAUAUUAACAAACUAAAGCCUCAGCAAGAACCAGGACGAAAGAUAGAAGAACUUAAAAUGUAUGAACACCUUUUCCCUGAGCUUGUUGAUGAUUUUCAGGACUAUGACUUAAUCUCCAAAGAACCAAAGCCUUUAAUAUUUGAGGGGAAAGCGCGUGGUCCUAUUGUUGUCCCUACAGCAGGAGAGGAAGCAACCGGGAACUCGGGCAGUUUACGAAAAGGAGUCGCAAUGAAGGCAAAAGUGUCUCCCAAAGGGGAUGAAGGUGAUAAGAAACCUGCCUUUUUGGAUCUGGCGAAAGAAGAUAUGCACGAUAAUGACAGAACAUUACCACAGCAGCUAGGUGAUCAAAAUAGAACUAUUUCAUCUGUCCAUGGCUUCAACAGUGAUAUUGUGAAGGCCUUGGACCGAAUUACAUUGCAGAAUAUUCCUUCUCAAACAGCUCCAGGUUGUACCGCAGGAGUGAAGAAGGACUACAGCCUCCCUCUCACUGUCGUCACGUGCCCGAAGGCGUGUCCGCACGUGGCUGCUUGUGGAAGUGUUCUGUUUGAGGGGAGAACAGUUCAGCUAGGGAAGCUUUGCUGUACGGGAGUGGAAACUGAGGAUGAUGAAGACAGCGAGUCUGCUUCAUCCGUGGAACAAGCAUCAAUUGAAGUCUCCGAUGGCCCAACGCUCCACGACUCAGAUCUCUAUAUCGAGGUUGUGAAAAAUACGAAGUCUGUCCCAGAGUAUUCAGAGGUGGCUUAUCCUGAUUAUUUUGGUCACAUUCCACCUCCAUUCAAAGAGCCUAUUUUAGAAAGGCCUUAUGGUGUACAGAGGACAAAAAUUGCCCAAGAUAUUGAGAGGCUAAUACAUCAGAGUGAUAUCAUAGAUCGAGUGGUAUAUGACUUAGAUAACCCAAAUUACACCAUUCCAGAAGAUGGAGAUAUUUUGAAAUUUAACUCGAAAUUUGAAUCUGGGAAUCUGCGCAAAGUAAUUCAAAUUAGGAAAAACGAGUAUGAUCUUAUUCUGAACUCGGAUAUAAACAGUAAUCAUUAUCACCAGUGGUUUUACUUCGAAGUCAGCGGAAUGCGGCCAUGUGUUGCUUACAGGUUUAACAUCAUUAACUGCGAAAAGUCCAACAGCCAGUUUAACUAUGGUAUGCAGCCACUCAUGUAUUCAGUUCAGGAAGCACUAAAUGCCAGACCGUGGUGGACUCGUGUGGGGACUGACAUUUGUUACUAUAAAAAUCACUUCUCAAGAAGUUCAGUUGCUGCAGGUGGGCAAAAGGGAAAAUCCUACUAUACAAUUACAUUCACUGUCAAUUUUCCACAUAAAGAUGACGUUUGCUACUUUGCUUAUCACUAUCCAUAUACGUAUUCAACUUUACAGAUGCAUCUUCAGAAAUUGGAAUUGGCACACAACCCUCAGCAAAUCUAUUUUCGAAGAGAUGUGUUAUGUGAAACCCUGUCUGGAAACAGCUGUCCUUUGGUGACUAUAACAGCAAUGCCAGAAUCUAAUUAUUACGAACAUAUCUGUCAAUUCAGAAAUCGCCCUUACGUCUUCUUAUCUGCUCGGGUACAUCCUGGAGAAACUAAUGCAAGUUGGGUAAUGAAAGGAACAUUGGAGUAUCUCAUGAGUAAUAACCCUACUGCUCAGAGCUUACGAGAAUGCUAUAUUUUUAAAAUUGUCCCUAUGCUAAAUCCAGAUGGUGUCAUCAAUGGAAACCACCGCUGUUCUUUAAGUGGAGAGGAUUUGAAUAGACAGUGGCAAAGUCCAAAUCCAGAUUUACAUCCUACAAUUUACCACACUAAGGGGCUGCUACAGUACCUGGCUGCAGUGAAGCGCAUACCACUCGUUUAUUGUGACUAUCAUGGCCACUCCCGAAAGAAGAAUGUGUUUAUGUACGGCUGCAGCAUCAAGGAGACAGUGUGGCACACCAGUGCUAACGCCACCUCCUGUGAUAUCGUGGAAGAUGUGGGAUACAGGACUUUGCCUAAGAUACUGAGCCACAUUGCACCAGCAUUUUGCAUGAGCAGCUGUAGCUUUGUAGUGGAAAAAUCUAAAGAAUCCACAGCACGUGUGGUGGUUUGGAGGGAGAUAGGAGUACAAAGAAGCUAUACCAUGGAGAGUACUUUGUGUGGCUGUGAUCAGGGAAAAUAUAAGGGCUUGCAGAUUGGUACCCGAGAACUGGAAGAGAUGGGAGCAAAAUUUUGUGCUGGUCUGUUGCGUUUGAAAAGACUGACAUCCCCAUUGGAAUAUAAUAUGCCUUCCAGCCUGCUCGACUUUGAAAAUGACUUGAUUGACUCCAGCUGCAAAGUAACUAGAAUGUGGGCACUUGAACAGAGUGAAUGAAUUGGAUUUCAUGUAAAAAGAUAAAUUUUAAAAUCCGAAGGAUGAUAAUUUGUAUUUAAUGUAGAGACAGGGGUGUCCAGUGCGUAACCACCUUUGCUAACCUUUAUUUCCCCAUCCUGAAGAGCUACACAAGAUGAAAACAAAGAACCCCUAUCACUUAUGCUAAAAUCCAGAUCACUGAUAGCACAGAGUGGACAUAGUAUGCUUGUUUACCAAAUACUCAUUCUCCCCCUUGUCCAAGCCGCUGUUUGAGAUCUGUGUGUCCGAGGCCACCAGCUGCAGUGGGGAAGCACAUGGCCUGGGCUGACCAGUCAGCUUGUUCUAUCUGCUGGUCUGGAGUUGGCCCAUGAUCAAGCCCAGCCAGGAACAAAUGUAUGUCAGGACUUUUAAAGGUGAUGCUAGAGCAGAGGCCCCUUCUGGGAAAGGAAGGGUGGAGCUAUUGGUGGCCACCAGGCGUCCUUGAGUGGAGAGCGUUUCUGAGAAGAGCCAGCGUUGAAGGAGCAGAGCCAGGACAUCGAGAAACACUGGGUCCUUUGAUCAUUGGAGCCCCAUGGCACACUGUAAGUGGAACCUUGGACUGCGUCAGUUGUAUGGACUUACAAAUCAUUCUCAUUGUUUAAACUAUUCAGUUGGAUUUUCUGUUACUGGAAAAGGUGUGUCUGUUACACAGGUUUAUAUGUCUGAACCCUGUCUGAAAAGCCAGCAACCUGCAGUGUCCAUCCCUGUGGGGUGGCCCCACCCAAAGCACGUGACCUAAGAGAAGUUCUUUUACCCAAAGGGACACUCUGAGAAGGCAGAAACAUCAAAUGUCUACUCAGACAUGUUGAACAAACUAAUUUUUGUUUUGUAUCGGACCAGUUGACUGGGCUAGAAGUGAACCAUAUUUUUGCCAUUACCUGCUCAAAACUCAGGGAUUCCAGUCAUGGCAGUUGUCAGUGGUUUCAGAGAUAAUGUUGUUCCCAGAGUGGACUUCUCAGCAUCUUGAAAGUUCAUUCUCUCCAGUGGUAAUGGAGGACACAGGUGGUGUGCAUUGAAGGUGAGGACUUCUUUACUGUUGCAUCAUAGCAACAGGUGGGCCCAGAGAGCAAGCUGAGAGCAAUCAGUGACCCCUUUGUCGAGUUACAAUUGGUCUAAUUAUAGACAAGUGAGCAAGAACAAUGGGAUGACAUUUAGGUAUUCUUCAGUUACCAAUUUCAAAGCUAUUUCCAUCCACACACUGGUUAGAGCUGCAAAUCCCUGCCUUUCAUUCACACAAGAUUCCUAGAUAAAGAGCAUUUAAAUAGCUCUUUAUGAUUCAAGAAGUGCUUUCCUAAAAGUUACUUGAGCAUCUCAGAAACACUAUUAAUAAACAUAUCAUUAGCAUUUCCAUUUAAUUUGUGAGAAACUCAAGGCUUGGACUGACCACCUCAUUUACCUGGAUUUG